AUGCGGAUGGAUGUUAAGUUUGCAAUUGCCAAUGUGCCUAAAGAAGAGGUCCCAGACCCCGAUGCACGCGUGGACAAGGCAGAUGCCUUUUGUUCUGUUGGCUCUGAGCUCUUCUGCAUUCCUCCCACGUACGGUCUCGUAUCUCAUUGCCUGUUGUCGCUCUCCAACUACCCAGAGGUAGACUCCGGAGGAGGAAGCGUGGGGGAAAGCACCUUUUGUUUUCCACAGAGAAAUGAGCAAUCGGUUAAUUCGGAAAACUUGGGAGCCUCACCCUCGGAAACAAAACAACCUUUCAUUUCUGGCAUGCCAGGUGGCACCGCUUUGUUUGAGGAUGAUUCAGUGAGGACACGGGGGAAAGCUUCCCCCGCGGGGACCGACGGCGGGCGGGCGGGCACCCCCGAAGCCCCUCAGGAGGGCGGGAGUGCCCCAGGGGCGGCCAAGUUCACAGCCGGAGGGGCGGCCGCCGCAGCCGCUGCCACCGCCUCCCUCAGCGCCGGCGACGCCCGUUGGCCCUUGCGGCGCCCGCACGCGCCCGGCGCGCCGCACCCCGCGCCCCCUCCCGCGGAGCGCGCCCGGUGGGCGGCGGCGGCCCCUCGAGGCAGCCCGGCGCGUCCCCGCCCGCCGCCGCCGCCGUCGCCGCCGGGCGGGACCAUCUCUCCCCUUGGCGAAGGGGGGGGGCGCGCUCCGCCCCGUCUCCCCUCCUGGCCCGCCUCCCCAACGCCGCCGCGCAGAGCGCCCCUCCGCCUGGCGCGCGGCGUGGUCACGCCCAGCGCAGGCAUUAGCGCCCCCCCCGGUGCGGGGCGCGGGCGCUCGGGCAUCCUUUGGCACGGUAGCGGCAGUAGUGGCGGUGGCGGCUCCGGUUCGGGCUCGACCCCGGCACCUCGGAGCGCCGCGGGCGCGGAGCGGAGCGGCUCUCGGCGCCAGCCGCGCGCAGUCUGCUGCCACUCACUCUCUGCGCCGCCGGGCAGCGCCAUGAAGCCGGCGGUGCUGGAAGUAAUGAGGAUGAACCGGGUAUGCAGGAUGGUCCUGGUCACUUCCGUGGGCUCCUUCAUCCUCGUCAUCUUCUAUUUCCAAAGUAUGUUGCACCCAGUAAUGCGUAGAAAUCCAUUUGGGAUGGACAUUUGCUGCCGGAAAGGAUCCAGAAGCCCACUUCAGGAACUGUAUAAUCCCACCCAGUUGUCCAACACAGCAAUUCUCCAUCAGAUCCGACGAGACCAAGUGUCAGAUACGUGCCGAGCAAACAGCGUCUCUAGCAGGAAGCGCCGCGUGCUAACGCCCAACGAUCUCAAGCACCUGGUCGUGGAUGAAGAUCAUGAGAUGAUCUAUUGCUACGUUCCCAAAGUGGCCUGCACAAACUGGAAGAGAGUCAUGAUGGUCUUAACAGGAAGAGGCAAGUACAGUGAUCCGAUGGAAAUCCCAGCCAACGAAGCCCACGUGUCUUCGAACCUGAAGACCCUCAACCAGUACAGCAUCCCAGAGAUCAACCACCGUUUGAAAAACUACAUGAAGUUCCUCUUUGUUCGCGAGCCUUUCGAGAGACUGGUGUCGGCCUACAGGAACAAGUUCACCCAGAAGUACAACACUUCCUUCCACAAGCGGUACGGCACCAAGAUCGUGAGACGCCAGCGGAAGAACGCGACCCAGGAAGCUCUGCGGAAGGGGGACGACGUGAAGUUUGAAGAGUUCGUGGCCUAUCUCAUCGACCCACACACCCAAAGGGAAGAGCCUUUCAACGAGCACUGGCAGACUGUGUACUCCCUCUGCCACCCUUGCCACAUCCACUACGACCUCAUAGGAAAAUACGAAACGCUCGAAGAGGAUUCGAAUUACAUUCUCCAGCUGGCGGGAGUAGGCAACUACCUGAAGUUCCCCACCUAUGCAAAGUCUACGAGAACUACUGACGAAAUGACCACAGAGUUCUUCCAGAACAUCAGCUCCGAGCACCAAACGCAGCUGUAUGAAGUCUACAAACUUGAUUUUUUAAUGUUCAAUUACUCAGUGCCAAGCUACCUGAAAUUGGAAUGA